CCUUUAAAUACCGUCGCUUUAUGCAUAUAGCUGUAUUCAAAUAUUUCUGAUUAUGCCUCUAAAUUAAUUGUACCGGUCAGGUUAGAAAAUCAUAGGAACUUUAUUCCGUACGUUGUUUCCAGAGGACUGUUUCAAAGACGGACGGCUGCAGCCAGCGUGUGAUUUUUUUCUUUUGUCGCAGUUGUCACUUAAGUUUUUAAACGAUUACCGGCAAUGACGCGCUUAAUAAAACAAACGGUAACCAUAAAGUAUUUCUGAGGCUUGUAAAACACGUCUAAGCGAUUCAGACGAAUGUGUUAAGCUAAAAACAUUACCGCGAGCUCGUGCCGUGCGCUUGUUUUUUUGUCGUACCGUCACGAGCGACGUGGAACUGAACUCACCAAAUUUUAUAAUCGUACGCAACAAGCAUGAAAUAGGUUUAUGAUUGUGCUUUACGGUUGACAGAGUGAUUAGGGUCGUGUUUACUAUGAAAGAAACCAUUCAAGCCGACAGCUAGGAAGAAGAAUGGGAUUUAACGUUGCAAGUCAUUUGUGAUGUAAAGAGACGAAAUGCACUGUUGCAAACUAGGAAUCUGAUUUUAACAUGUAGAUGACGUGAGCUCAAGCUCGUGAAAUAUUCGUGAAGAUAUUACGCUCUGAAAGCUCAAAGAUGAUGUACUCUUCACGGAGAAAACCUGUGCUGUAUUUCAAAGACGACAGAAGCUUUCUGUCGAGGAAAUGCACCGUCUGGAAGCUCUUUGGGCUCUGCAUGCUGUUUGUUUUGGGCUCUCUUCUCUGGGUGCAGAUGACUUGUUCAGGUGACAUGAGCCAGCCGGUUGGGUACGGACACCUCCCUCACCAGCCCUGUCCUGUAGAGAGACAGUCCUCGCCUGCUGAGGACCCUUCCUGGGGCCCUCACAAGAUGGCCCUCAUCGUGCCAUUCAGAGAGCGCUUUGAAGAGCUGCUUAUAUUUGUCCCUUAUAUGCAUGCUUUCCUCAACAAAAAGAAAAUACGACAUAAAAUAUUUAUUGUGAACCAACUGGAUCACUUCCGGUUCAAUCGGGCUUCUCUUAUUAACGUCGGGUUUAUGGAAAGCGGUAAUGACACGGACUACAUUGCAAUGCAUGAUGUGGACUUGCUGCCUCAAAAUGAGGAUCUGGACUAUGGAUUCCCGAACGAGGGUCCCUUCCACGUGGCCUCGCCAGAGCUUCAUCCCUUAUAUCAUUAUAAGACGUAUGUUGGAGGAAUCCUGCUGCUUACCAAGAAGCAUUAUCAGCUGUGCAAUGGGAUGUCAAACCGCUUCUGGGGAUGGGGAAGAGAAGAUGACGAGUUUUUUAGGAGACUUAAAACAGCGGAUCUGAAGCUUUUUAGGCCCUCGGGUAUUACUACAGGAACUAAAACAUUUCGCCACAUCCACGAUCCAGGCUGGAGGAAGAGAGAUCAGAAGCGGAUCGCUGCACAAAAGCAGGAGCAGUUUAAGGUGGACCCAGAGGGUGGCCUGACUAACCUUCGCUACAAGGUGGAGUCCAGACAGGAAGUGACCAUCAGCGGCGCUCCAUGUACUGUCAUCAACACCUUUCUAGAGUGUGACGUCAGCCUGACCCCGUGGUGCCAGUCCAGCUAAUAUACUCAAGCAGGACCCGUAAAGCUGGAAUGAUUCACAUUCUCCUUCCGUGGCGGCCGGAAGGCUUUCUCAGAUUACUGGUGCCAGUCACACUUGAAAAAUCCCCCUGAUCGGCUAACCAAAAGGACUUGAAUAUGUGACUGUGGGAUAAUAACGUUCUCUAAGUUUUAUUUUUAUAGGACAGUGUUGUCGGCUUCAUCUAUGAUGAAGCGCUGCCUCAUUUUUGAACUGAACUAUGGACCAAUGUCAGGUACUGCGCUGAGUUUGCAUCGUCUACAUUUCAAAUAUGAGCAUCCAAAUGUCCGGUUUUUAAAGAUGAGUUUUAUAAUAUUUUAGUUGUAGCAGUGGCCUGUUUUGGACUGUUUCUCUUAGUGCAAUUGUGAGUAUUUUGCUCAGCCAUGUCUUGACAGAAUUCGGUUUCUUUUCGCUUGAAUUCAAAAUCAUGUCUUGAAAAGAAUAUAUACAUAUAUAUGAGAAAGGGUUUCGAGGGUACUUGGAUUGUAUUUGCACAUUAUCCAGUAUUUAUAUAAAAGCAAAGGUCUCCUAGUUUCAGUCUUUGUACUUUUCUCCCGUGUUUCAGGUGCAUGGAAUGCUGUUACGACUUACACUCACAGGAUUGUAUAUAGAUCUUAUCGAGGGGUGAGAGCCAGAAGGGCGUAAGUGACAUUAAAAAAAUAAAAAAAUAUUUUUUAAUUAAAUAAAAAAAGUCACUUGCGCCUUUUUUGCACCAAUGUUUUAUUCAAUUUUGUGUAUAAAAACAUGGGCGCAUCUGCUGACAAUAUGAACAAAACAUUACAUUAAUGAGUUUAAAAGAAAUAACAAUCCAUUGUGAUCGAAUAAAAUAUCACAUUAAAAAAGCCCUUACAUCAAAUGAGUUUACUGAAUGUGAUUAAUUUUACUGAAAUACGUAAUAAUCUCAGGCACUUAACAAUUUGUUCAAAUGGUUGAUUGAAAGCCUUUACAGAUGACUUCCCUAGUGAAAAAAAAUAAAUAUGCAAAAAUGUAUUUGAAAUACAUUUAUUUCAUGCUAUACUAGAAAUACAUUUACAUAUUAUUAUUGUAUCACUAAACUGGUGUACUUAAAGUUAGCUAAAUUGGAACAGUUCAUUUUGUAAUUAAUGCAUUUGAUUAAUAAGAAAGUGCUGAAGUCUAACUAAAGAUAUACUGAAGUAUAUUUGAUUGUGCUGAAAAUGUAACUAUUGCAAGUAUACUUCAGGCUCAAUUUAAAUAUGCAUUUAAAGGCCGAUAUUAUUUGAAGAUCUUACAGACCUCAUCAAUAGUGACAUUAAAACACAUUUUAGGCUUAAUAUUGAGAAAUAUGCAUUGUGCAUAAGUAGAACUCCAAAUAAAGUUUAAUUAUAAUUUUUAUAUCAGUAAGUAUCGAGUGAUAUGUAAGUAAAUAGACAAUAAAUAAAGUGAAUAAAAUGUAAAUGUAUGUAAAAAAAUAUGUAAAUGUAUUUGUAGCGUACUUAGCGUGUAAUAAAUGUAUUUCAAAUAGAUGUUAGUAUAUUUAUUUUUCACUAGGGACAUACUAUCAGAAUGUAAGUUACUACCCGCUAGCUGGCUACACCUCACUGACAAUGAAUUCUGGAUAUUUAAUUUUCUCCCUCAUCAUCCAGCUCACAAAAUAAGGUUAAUAUUACAUCUUCAGCAGUAAAAACUGGUUUCUUCUCAUGGUUCAUUUGUAAUGUAUAUCUAUUUCACCCAAAAUGUCUCUUACGCCCUUCUGGUUCUCACCACUCGUUAUGAACUGGAGGCAUGAAGCUAUAUCCAAAAAAACAUCUUGCAGUGCAAAUGUUAAUAAAAUUCAGACUCUACAUACUUUUAUUGGCAAUGCCUGAAAUUAAACUGAAUCAGUACUCUGUCCAAACUAAAGUGUUAUUUUGCCUGUAGCAUCAAACUGCUGCACAACUGCACAGAACGUUUGCCAAAAAAUAAAGAGAAUAUGACUCCA